AUGGCCGACGGGACUCUCGCCUCGGCAGUCGCACUGCCCGAGCAAGACGCCAUCCAACAGCCUCAAGAUAUAAGCACGAAACGAAGAAAUUCCUCCAUCACAGACCAUGAUCCCAAGCGUCGCCGACUGAGUGCCGACGGCGAUGCCUCGCCGCAUGCGCAGCGCCGACCCUCGCAAUCAUCUCCGGUAGAGCGCGAACGCCCGGAUGAACGCAAACCUGCGCAGCGUGGGAGAAAGGAAGAUGAGCGCAAGCGGGGACAGCGGCUUUUUGGUGGGCUAUUGGGCACGCUUUCUCAGAGCUCGACCUCGGCAGCGCAGAAGCGGCGCGCGGAUAUUGAGAAGAGGCAGCAGGACAAACUGAAGAAUCAGGCCGAGGAGUUCGACGGUCGUCAGAGUCGGAGGAAAGAGCGUCGAGAAGCAAUUCGGAAGAAGGAGAUGCCGUUUUACGAGCGCGAGGCUAUGCAAACUCGACAUUCGAAUAUGAUUGCCGCAGCGCAUUUCUUGAAGACUCGAGCAGAACCAGUUUUGUUCUACAAGCCGUGGCAACUACGAGCACGCGAUGAGACUACUCUCGCAGACCAGAUCAAGGAAGCUGAGGCGACCGUUUCUCGCGAGGUCGCCGAUUUCGAAGCAAGAUAUCCCCCUGAAGCCUUUGUCUACCAGCCCGAACCGGAAUUGCAGAAUGAACAGCCCGCGGAGCAACAAGAGCAACAACAACAAAAGCAACAACCAUCGAAUGCCGAGCAACAGGAGAAUGCUGAAUCGAUUGCGAAAGAUCCUACCCCCGUAGAGCACGAAGAUAUAACAAAGGAAACCCCGGAGAAUAUGGUAGACGCACAAAUUACCCAUUCAAACUCCGAUCCAACCGAUGAUGACGGAGGAGAAGUGGUUGAGGAUAAUGAGGACACUGUGAUUUACUAG